AUGUCCGCCCAUUACACCACAGAACCAAACCCGACCGCCUCAGCAACCCUAAACACAACCUUCGGGCCCCUGCACAUCUCCCUCUUCGCCACGCAAACCCCCCUCACAUGCCGGAAUUUCCUCCAACACUGCCAGGACGGCUACUACGCCGACACGAUCUUUCACCGCGUGGUGCCCGGCUUCAUCAUCCAGGGCGGCGACCCGACGGGCACAGGCUCGGGGGGCACAUCGAUCUACGAGGACCCGGAGUUCGAGUACGACCCGGAGGCGCGGGACCCGAACGAGAAGGUCGUGCUCCGCGAUGAGCUGCACAGUCGGCUGCGGUAUAACCGGCGCGGGCUGGUGGGGAUGGCGAAGAGCGAGGAUGGGAGCUACGGGAGCCAGUUCUUCAUUACGCUGGGGAAUACGGAGCGCGAGCUGAACGGGCAGUGUACGCUUUUCGGGCGCAUCGAGGGCGACAGUAUCUACAAUAUGGUGAAGAUUGCAGAGGCCGAGCGGGUCGAGGGGACGGAGCGGCCUGUGUACCCGGUGAAGAUCACCUCCUGCGAGAUCGGGGAGUUGGGUCCGCUGGCUGGGAAGAUCAAGAAGCGCCAGAUCACGGCGACGCGAACGGCAAGGACGGAGGAUAAGCCCGCGCCGAAAAAGAAGAAGAAGAAUAAGGGUGGCAAGACACUCCUGAGCUUCGGCGAUGACGGCGACGGCGAUGAAGAUAUGCCCAUUCGACCUGCGAAACCGAAAACAGAAAUCAACGAAGAACGCCCGCGCUCCCCCUCCCCAGAGCCCAAGCAUCGCCCCAAAACCCCAGAACCAGAGACCCAGCUCCCCCUCCCCAAACCCGAAUCGCCAGACCGCUCCCCCGAACCAGAAGCGCCGAAGCAAUCCUUCCUCUCGCGCACCAAUGCCGAAAUCGAGAAUCUCAAGGCCUCCAUGCGCAGGACUGCACACACUGGCCCGGCGGAUACAGGGCCCAAGAAGUCCGCCUUGGAGGCCAUGAUCCCGGAGACGGCGAUCCGGGGCCGCAGACGCCCGCCGCCGGGCACAUCGGUGUCAACCAACGGCUCAAACGGGAUAACAGGGUUCAGCUCAGCGGACAACGAAACACUCAAACUCUUCAAUGCGUUCAAGGCCAAGCUUGAAAAUGCUGAGUCCACGUCCGCACCCACCCACAAAACCACAGCCCAGGAUGCCAAACCUUCGACUGAGACGCAGGAAGCGGAUGACGAGGAGGCCCAGCUCUGUGAUCUUCAUUUUAUCGCGAAUUGCCAAUCGUGUCAAUCAUGGGAUGAUGAUCAAACCGCGGAGGGCGGAAAGGCAGGUGCGGCGGCGGAGGAUGAGGAGGGCUGGUUGACGCAUGAGUUGCGCUUUGGCAAGGAUACGCUUGGGAAGGAUUUGAACUGGAAACGGGAGCAUCCGGACGAUGCGGACUCGCUUAUGGUGAUUGAUCCGCGGGAGAAGGAGAAGGAAUACGUUGGCGGGAAACGGAGAGGGCUUGAGAGAGAUCGGGAGCGAGAUAGGAAGCGUGAGCGUGCAGGCAACCUGGAAUGGGACAAGGCACGGAGAGGGAAAUAG